UCACCGGAUCAUUAGUCAGCAGGGCAACUCGGCCGAAAUCUGCGGCAUUUUGGCACAUUAUGUCACUUUCUGCAUUCACUCAAGAGGCUCAGUCAUCUAGCGCAGGGCGCAUUCCGACAGGCUCCUUGACUUCCAGUUCCCAUCAUUUCUUCUCUAUCCGGUCCAUUCAUCCCAUCGGUGCGAAUUUCGCAUACAUUUCCACGUAUACACUACCCUAUUCGCAAGCUACUAUAUCACGGGAGGGACCCACAGGAUGGCCAAUUUCCUCACCAAUAUUUGGGCACGGUCCCCUCUAAGCUCGUCAUUUGGCUCUGUUGAACUGCCAAUGGGCUCAUCGGAACCACUCAUGGUCAACGCCGGCAAGGAGCUUGAUCUUGAGGCCCCAGCGUCUGAAAAGUGCGAGGUCAGAAUCGAGGGAAUGACCUGCGGAGCGUGUGUAGAGUCCAUCGAAAGGAUGCUACGGCCUCAGGAAGGAAUUCGGUUGGUCAAGGUGGCAUUACUGUCGGAACGCGGGGUGGUUGAGUACGACCCCUCCCACUGGAAUCCAGAGAAGAUCGUCAGUGAAAUCGAAGACAUAGGCUUCGGUGCUACUAUCAUACCGCCAUCACGAGAAGACUCGAUAGUCCUUCGUGUAUAUGGCAUGACCUGCGCGUCCUGCACGAACACCGUCGAGUCCGGUCUGUCAUCGGUCCCUGGUAUAUUGAGUGUAUCAGCGUCCCUUGCCACUAACACCGUUACGAUUCAGUUUGACCGGUCGUUCAUCGGACCUCGGGAGAUGGUGGAGCGCAUAGAAGGCAUGGGUUUUGAUGCCAUGGUGUCUGACCAAAGCGAUGCGACCCAAGUGCAGUCGCUUCAGAGGACCAAAGAGGUCCUUGAAUGGCGGUCACGAUUCCUGUGGUCUGCCGCGUUCGCUAUCCCGGUUUUCAUCAUCUCCAAGAUAUGUCGUCUCUUCCCACCGUUGAGGAUGUUCCUUUCCAUGCACCUGUGCACCGGGAUUCACUUAGAAGAUGUUAUCCUUCUCGUACUCACUACUCCCGCGCAGUUUUGGGUGGGUGCUAUAUUUCACCGUAACGCAUUCAAGUCCCUGAAACACGGAACUGCCACUAUGGAUGUAUUGGUUAUGCUGGGUACUUCGGCCGCUUAUUUUUAUUCUGUUGGAGCCAUGUUCUUUGCGCUCUUCAAUGAUACGCCAGACUUCCACCCCAUGUUAUUUUUCGAUACCAGCACAAUGCUGAUUAUGUUCGUGUCCCUUGGCCGCUAUCUGGAGAAUAAGGCCAAGGGACGUACAAGCGCUGCUCUCACGGAUCUGAUGGCCCUCGCUCCUUCGAUGGCCAUGAUCUACACAGAUGCACCGGCAUGUACACAGGAAAAGAAAGUGCCCACUGAACUCGUUGAGGUCGGCGAUACUGUGAAACUGGUUCCCGGCGAAAAAAUUCCUGCUGAUGGUACCGUUUUGCGAGGAUCGUCCAGUGUGGAUGAGAGUGCUAUCACCGGUGAAGCGGUUCCUGUCAUUAAACAGGUGGGAGACACGGUUAUCGGAGGCACAGUCAAUGGGCUGGGUGCGUUCGAUAUGAUCGUUACGCGUGCAGGCAAAGAUACCGCUCUAUCCCAAAUUGUUCGUCUGGUUGAGGAGGCACAAACGUCCAAAGCUCCCAUUCAAGCUUUUGCAGACAAAGUCGCUGGGUAUUUUGUUCCGACGGUGAUCUCGCUUGGGGUGGUGACAUUCGUGAUUUGGAUGAUCUUGUCUCAUGUUGUCAAUGAUGAGAACCUACCGAUGAUGUUCCACCGACACGGAGCCAGCAAAUUCGCGAUAUGCCUGCAGAUGUGCAUUAGUGUCAUCGUUAUUGCAUGUCCAUGUGCGCUCGGCCUCAGUACGCCUACUGCAAUCAUGGUGGGAACUGGGAUGGGGGCGAAGAAUGGGAUUCUGAUCAAGGGUGGACGAGCGCUAGAAGCAAGCAAAUCCAUCAAGAGAGUCGUUUUGGAUAAGACGGGGACCGUUACAUUCGGCAAGCUAAACGUUGCUGGACUGUGGUGGGUUCCCGGACACCAGAAUGAAGAGUCAUAUGGAGGCGGCUCACAGCUGACCGGCAAGUGUGCGGAUGGAUUAACUGAGAGGAGAGAUGCUCUUGCGAUGGUAGCUGCAACGGAGGCGCUCUCCGAGCAUCCUCUUGCCAAGGCGAUAGCGACAUUCGGUAAAGAGCUUUUGCGAGAUCAAUCACUCCCUGAAGUCGUGGUGGAUCAGUUCGAGAGCGUUACUGGAGCAGGCGUUAAGGCUGUUCUUGCGUGCCAUGGAGAACGGUAUACGUUACUCGUUGGUAAUACGCGCUUCGUUACCAUGGCUGAUGAAGGAAUGCCGUCGUCGGUUUGGGACUUCGAGAACCAGGAGACCGAACAGGGCAGGACUGUCAUCUAUGUGUCGAUACAGAAAGGGUCUUCGCGGAAGUCGACACCCAUUCUAGCGGUCUCCUUGUCGGAUGCUCCAAAGGGUUCGAGUAAACAAGCGAUUUGGGCGUUGCAGCAGAUGGGCAUUGAAGUGAACAUGAUGACUGGUGAUGGGAAAGCUACUGCGUUUGCCAUCGCAAAGCAGGUGGGUAUCAAGCAAGAGGGUGUUUGGGCAGGAGUUUCUCCGGGAGGCAAAGCGACGUUAAUUACCGAGUUGAUUGAGAAGCAUGGCGACGGUGUCGCAAUGGUCGGAGACGGUAUCAAUGACUCUCCUGCUCUUGUUGCGGCCACUGUGGGAAUUGCUUUGUCCUCUGGAACAUCGGUAGCGAUCGAGGCGGCUGAUAUCGUCCUGAUGCGUUCUGACCUUCUUGACGUUGUCGCGGCCCUUCAUCUGUCUCGGAAGAUAUUUGCUGUGAUACGACGCAAUCUCAUAUGGGCGUGUAUUUAUAACGUCCUGGGCGUCCCGCUCGCGAUGGGCGUGCUUUUGCCGUUUGGACUGUACAUGCCACCAAUGCUUGCAGGGGCGGCGAUGGCGUUUUCGAGUGUUAGCGUUGUCACUAGUUCGUUGACGCUCAAGUGGUGGCGCCGACCCAAAGACAGUGUUAUGCCUGGUGAAGCGGUGCCAGAGGCUAGCGAGUUCUUGAAUAGUGCGAUGAGUGUUUUCGCCGAUAGGUGGGAUAUCCUGAGAGGAGGUAGAAAUAGAGAUGGAUAUCGUCAGCUGCCAGUGGAGAUGAGCACGUCGGGCACUUCGUAUUCGGUGUGAGGUGUGUUGCUGUCGUCGCUUUCGCUUUCUCAUCUAUGCUGAUCUUUGAAUAACGUUUGUCCAAGCAAUUCGAAUGUACUGUCUGUCUUUGUAAAUUAUACUGUAACAUACCUAAUGUAUUACCGUCCUCUGCUAUAAAACGCUGUUCCUUCGC